GUGUGUUCAGUGGCGCUCAGCUAGGCCCAGGUGAUCUGGUACAGCACCGUUUGCGCUGUGAGGAGGUGGAUGCAGCACUGGGAAUUCUGGGUAAUAUGGACUGGGCCAUGAUGGGAGCAGAGUGUUACAGGUCACUCAUCUCCAUCACAGAUCACCUGCUGAGAAAACCACUGGACCAGCAAACUGAAGGUAANNUGGAAGCAGCAUUGGGGAUGUUUUAUGCCCCCUGCAGACCCCUCUCAAACACUGUCAUACUGGAGUACAGAGACCCCAUCAGCAGAUACGCCCGCCGAUUCUUCCAUCACCUGCUCAGACACCAGCGGUUUGAAAAAGCUUUCUUGCUGGCUGUAGAUAUCGGUGCGAGAGAUCUAUUUAUGGACCUCCAUUAUGUGGCAGCAGAUAAGGGUGAGGUGGUGUUAGCUGCUGUAGCCAAGAAGAAGGCUAAUGAAAUAGACGCAGAGGCACAAACAUUGGCACCAGCAGAAUGGGCAUACAUUCAAAUGAAAGAAGUGCCGUAGAAAGAAAAAAGCGAGAGGGGGAUAAGGGACGGACAGAAGUAGUUCGGCUAACAGGUGUACAGAUGAGACAAGGGGAGGUAUUUAGCUUGUAAUAAGGGGGUGAAAACUUGAGGGUGUGUGUGUUUCCCACCCUGUCUGCCCAUAAGC